GUCAAGCAGUUCGGCUGCUCCAAGAGCGGAUGGUCGACCUGGGAGUUUCACUGGCGAGCAUUUAUGGUGGCGAACGACAAGCGUUACAAAGAAUUCCUCGAGAAGCUAGAUGGCGAGACCUUGGACCAGCUGGACGUCGCCAAGAAUGCCACGAUGAGCGUGGACGAUGUAGACUGGGAGGACCAGAGCACCCAGCUAUACUACAUGCUGGUGCUCGCGAUGCCAGCAGACCCUGCGGGUGAGACCAUCAUGCGUAACGUUCUACAUGGAGAAGGUGGUCAAGCGUGGAUUCGCCUGAAGGGCGAGUACGCACCCAAUGAGCCUGGCAAUGCCGUGGCGCGUCUGAGGCAGCUCAUGUCUGCACAAAUCGCGGCGAACGCAGACGUGGCCAACGAGACCGAGAAGCUGGACCUAGAGAUCAGCAAGUACGGGAAGGCGGCCGAGGAGCAGCUGAGCGACAACAUCAAGGAGGGGAUCUUGCUCGGCAAGCAUGUCUUCCGCGACCUGCGGGACCCGGCCACCUACCUCGACGUGAAGAACGAGGUCCUGAGUGCCCUGAUGGCCCAGCGCAGCUUUGACGACGACUCGAUGGAGAUCGGUGCGCCGAAGGGAAAACCGAAGGGAAAAGGACGCGGCAAGGGUGACAAGGACAAAGACAAUCAUACUAAUAAGAACAAGUUCGAGCCGAAGGCGAAGGGCAGCCCGAACCACCUGAGGAAGUGGUGCAGUCACUGCGAGAAGCCGAACCACGUCAAGGACGACUGCCGUAAGUUCAAGCGAGAGAACGAGGCCGAGGCGGAGGCAGAACAGAAGGCCGAGGGUGAGAAGAAACAGCGCCGUGCCAUGGCGGCAGCACUUGCCGCAGGUGGUGGCGUGCUCCCUACUGGACUUCCUCCCAAACCUGGGUGCGACGGCGCUGGCUGGCACUCGCAGCGCCUCGCGCGCCGCGCGGUGUGCAGGGGGCCGCAGUUGCCCGUCCCGAAGUCAUCGGGAUCAGCCUCGACAGCGAGCGCGAUCCCGACGGUGCCGACUGGCAUGCGCGGGAUCAACGGCCCCCUUGCAGAGCAGGGCGCGAUCAAGCCGAGGUGCAUUUUCGCCCUGUCGGUGGAGCACUCCAGGCCGAGGGCGAGGUCGGCGGAACCCGGUGGAUCGAUGCGCAGCGCGAGCGGUGACAGUGUUUGCGUCUCAGGCAUCCGCGGGGUCAGAGGGAUCAUGAUAGAUUCGGGGGCCCAGAUCACAGCGUUCCCCUGCGACAUGCUGAAGGACAAGGGCUACGUGCUCGCCAAGCCAGGCAUCUCCAGGCAGCGGGCCAUCGAUUGCGCGGAGGUGCAGCGCUACGGCAAGACGGACGUUCGGCUGAAGACGGGGCAGGGCGCGAUCCAGAUCUCGGCGGAGGCGGCCGACGUGGAGUUCCCAGUGAUGUCCGCUGACGCGAUUGCGAAGCAGGGCAGCUCGGUUUUCCACUCUCCCUUGGAAGACUGGAUUGUGGACAGCCCGAUCUCACCCCCCCCAGCAUCGGCGAACAAGAUUAUGCAGGGGAAAGAUCGUGGCACGUGCUACCUGGAGCACGACGAGAUGUUGGGCGGCUCCUCCGAGGGCAAGCGGGCGGUGCGCAUGGCGAGCGUCGGCGAGCUGGGCGGGAUCAUCGGCGAGCUGGGCGGGGGCGUCGGCGAGCAGCUGGGCGACGAGCUGUGCCCGGUGAGCAUGCGGCCGAAAUGCGACGACGAGUACCCAGUCGUGGAGAUGGACUUCUUCUACGUGGCCACCGACGCGAUAGCUGGGAAGUACCCCGUGGUGAACGGCUACGUCGUGAAGGCCGUCGGCUUCAGGAAGCUGGAGCAUAGGGGGCGUGGGGGGCUGCCCGCGAUCCUGAGCGUCGCGGACUGCAGGUCCAGCACCUCAGGCGCGCUCUUUGGCUCCAAGCACAUGGGAGGCUACAGGGCGCACUUCGUGGCCAAACUCAUCGACAGCUGGGGCCGCGCGACGGUGAUUCUGCUCGCGGACGGCGAGAAUGCGAUCGUCGCUCUGGCGGAGCAGGCGAAGAAGCUCAGGUCGCACUCUACGAUAGUGCGGCAGGGCCCAGCGUACUCAUCCAAGAGCAUGGGGCGCAUCAAGGCCAGCAACAUAGCAGCUGCGGGACUACUCCGCACGUUGCGGUUUUCACUCGAGACCGAGCUGGGCUGCAAGUUCGAGCUCUCGGACUCCAUCCUCGCCUUCCUCGCCAACGCGGUCGGCUGGUGCAUCGCGAGGUUCCAGCCGAGAAGCCACGGAGGAUCCAGCUACAAGUGCCUCUUCGGCCGCGAGUACGCGGGCGAGGUGGCGGAGGUCGGCGAGCAGGUGUGGUGCCGCAUUGCGGUUCGAGUCGCAGCGGGCCAGGGCAAGUUCGAGGCGCGCUUCGCGAAGGGCAUCUGGGUGGGCAAGUCGGAGUUCGACGACCAGCGCCUGGUGGUCGACCUGCAGCGCUGGCUCUUGAAGGCCCGCUCGGUCCGCCGCAUGCCUGAGGAGUUCCGCUGGAGCGCUGAGCUCGUGAAGCAGAUCGACGUCGCACCUUGGGCCCCCGUGCCUGAGCGAGUGAGGUCGAGCAUUAGGAAGUCUAUGUAUACCGCAGAGAACAUGUUGAACACGCGCGGUCCGACGGACAGCUGCCCGAAGUGCACCUACGAACGGAGCCGGCGCAGUGAGCAGUGCAGGCGGCGCUUCGAGACCAUCGCGCAUGAGAGGCUCGAGGCGAAGCUCGCGGAGGAGGCCAGGGGCAGGGCUGCCCCAGGCACUCCAGCGACGCCGGGGCCAGCGCCCCAGGCUCCCCCGCAUGUGCCUGCCGACGCGCAGGCAGCGGCCUCGAAUCCAGCGGCGGCAGCGCCCUCGACAGCACCUACGCCAGUCGCGGCGUCUGCGACCCCAGGGAUGGACACGAGCGAGCCUAGGGCACCGGCGCGAGACCCCAUAGCAGAGACCUCAGAGCCGAACGAACGACAGAGGAUCGGUGCGCUGGCGCAGGCGCCCGAGGUCGUGGUCAUCGCGGGCCUCUCCGUGUGCGAGCUGGCGGUCUGCGAAGAGGACGACGACCAGGAAGAGGACGCGCUCUGGGGCCCGACGCAUCGGGCUGAGGAGCGGUGUGAGGGCUUGUGCGAGACGCAGGUGUGCCGCUGUGCCUACCGACACGACCAUGCUGGACAGUGCGCGUGCAGGAGAUGUCUUAUCGGCUGCGCCAAGAAGCUCGAUCCAGACGCCGAGGUCGUGGCGAGCCUAUGCGCGUUGUGGUCGAACCGUAGGGUGCGCGAACAGCCCGACUGGAACCUCGACCCGAACUCGCCCGAGCCGACGGGCAAGGCGGACGAGCUCCAGGCCAUGGCCGAGUGCGGCGUCUACCGCAAGAUCCGCAUCGCGGACUGCGAGCUUGGUGGCAAGCACGUCGGGGGCUUCCCCAUCGCGCGCGAGAAGGCUGGCGAGGUGCGCUUGCGCUUCGUGGCGACGGAGGUUGCCCGCCAGCACCGUGGGGACAACCAUCAGGGCGCACCGCCACUCGCAAUGAUUCGCGCGAUUCUCAGCUUGGCGGCCAGCAGACCAGACAGCGACGGACAGCGCAGACGGUGCAUCCGCAUCUGGGAUGUCCGCAAGCCGUUCUUUAACAGCGACGUGACUGAGAAUAUAUACGUCCACCCAGGCAGCGAGCUGUGCGAGCGAGGCUACUGCUGGGAGCUGUUCACGGCCCUGUACGGGGCCCGACUGGCCAGCCAGCUGUGGGGCGAGAACGUGAAGGUUACCUCGGACGACUCUGGGGGCAUGGCGCUGAAGUGCGCCCCUGGCAUGUUCUACUUCGCCAACCUCUGCAGCGACGGCAACGACGCCACGAUGGGGGUCCACGGCGACGACUUCAUCGCGGAGGGCCAUGUCGGGACGCUCGACCAGCUGGAUGACGUCCUGAGCGUGGAGUACGAGAUCACCUCAUCGCCGCCGCUGGGGCCUGGGCACCCUGGAGUUGCCCGCUACCUGAAGCGCGUCUGCGGCUACGUCGACCAACCGCCCGAGACGCUGCUGCCGGGCUUCUUCUGGCACGCGGACCCGAAGCACGUGGCGGAGAUCAUCAAGUUCGGAUCCAAGGAGGGUGCCGAGGCGGUCGACGCACCAGGCACCAAUGCGAUCGGGGCGCAGCUACGCAAUGCGACGGAUCCGAUGCCCACGGCCGAGGCACGCAAGACAGCCUCAGCGGGAGGCAUCGCGCUCUACCUGGCGGCGGACCGGCCCGACAUCAUGUUCGCGAGCAAGACCGUCGUGCAGGACGUGAGCAAGCCGAACUAUCAGAUGAAUGCGAGGCGCAGUCGGCUGGCCCGAUACUUGGGGGGACACCAGGUCCCAGUGUGGUGCUACGAGCUGCAGGGCCUGCCGAGUAUCCGGAGGGCCGACGGCGAUGCCGACUGGGCGGCGCCGACGGCAGUGGCACGCAAGAGCACAUCUGGAGGCGCGAUCAGGUUCGGCAAUCACACCUGGGAGUGCUACUCGGCCAGCCAGGCCACCCAGGCUCUCAGCAGCGGCGAGUCGGAGUUCUACGCGCUCGGCUCGGUCGAGGCGCGGGGCUUGCAGAUGAAGUUCUUCCUGGGCGAGGUCGGGAUCGAGGUUCGCCUGGUGGUGGCCUCGAACAGCGCGGCCGCGCGGGGCAUGGCCCAGAGGCACGGAGUGGGCAAGGUCCGUCACUUAGAGCUGCGCUACCUCUGGAUACAGGAGCGGCUGCGACGCCAUAUGUUCGAGCUCGUGAAGGAGGACGCGCGCAAGAUGGUGGCAGACAUAUUGACGAAGUAUGUUGACAAGGAAACCAUGGCGACGCACCUGCGCGAGCUGAACCUGAGGAUGGCGGGUGCAGCCAUGAUGCUAUCGACCCUCCUUGCGAUCCCUGGCGCGGCGGCGGCCAAGGACCAGUGUGAGAUGGACUACGAGGGCGAGAAGCUCGAGGCAGUGCAGUCGAGGGUCUCCCCCUGGUUGCUGGUGAGCUUGGUCGUGGUGCUGUGUAUUAUCGCGUACCUUUGCGGCUGGUGCGUGGGCAGGCGCAGAAUGGUCUCCCAGACGGCCGAGGAGGCUCUAUGGAGGCUCGAAGAACAGAAGUACAUAACAUGGGAGGUUCAGCGCCUGUACGAGGUCUACACCGUCGGCGAGUUGUGGGAGCUGCUAGUCGAGUGGGGCUUGGUGCUCAAGGAGGGCUACACGAGGAAGGAGGAGCUCGUCGAGAGCGCUGGAAGGAACAGCCCGACGGAGAUGCAAGUGAUCACCCAGCUGACGAAUGAGUGGAAGGACCACGGGGUCGACGUGAAGUGGCGUGCUCGUAUGCGGGCGAGCGGACGUGACAUCCAAAGGAUGCUCACCGCCACCGCGGAGGUCAUGAACUGCCUGCGG